GAUCUAUACAUUUAAGUAAGAGCUGUACAUAGAAAAACUCUCCAAUUUUUGCUUUGUUGAAAUGUCCUUCAAGCAUGUUGUCAUAGGCGGUGGAACCGGUUACAUUGGCUCCUGUAUUACAAAGGCAUUGAAGAAUUUAAAUAUCAAAACCACAGUUAUUUCACGAAUGCCAGGUCCGCAAAGAAUCUCCUGGUUAGAUAUAGAAAAAAAUGGAUUGCCUGAUGAUACCACUGCUGUAAUUAAUGUAGCUGGACAAAAUAUUUUGGAUUUCACUAAAAUAUGGUCUCCUGAACUUAAAAUGGAUAUUGUGUGUAGUAGAGUAAACACAACAAAAAAUUUAGUAAAAGCUAUGACUCUUAAUUCACAAGUUAGAGUAUUUGUGACUAUUUCUGGAGUAGCUUAUUAUCCACCUGAUGGGAAAGAAUAUACAGAAUAUGAUAAUUGUGAAAAGUAUGACUUUUUAUCAGAAUUAUGUCAUGACUGGGAGGCUGCUGCCAUAUUGCCUAAAGAUUGUUCAAUAAGGCAAGUGACAAUUCGGUCAGGUGUUGUGUUAGGUAGAACUGGAGGCAUGAUAAAACAAACUUUUCUGCCCUUCUAUUUUGGAGUUGGUGGACCUAUUGGAAAUGGCGAACAAUAUAUGCCUUGGAUUCAUAUAAAAGAUCUUGUAAAUUUAUUCAUCCAUGCUGCAAAAUGUGAUAAUCUGACAGGAGUUUUAAAUGGAGUUGCUCCUGAGAUCAUAACGAAUGUGCAAUUCACAAAAGCCUUUGCAUCGUCCUUAGGUAGACCAGCAAUCAUACCUCUUCCUUCAUUCUUAUUAAAAUUAUUGCUAAAUGAAGAGCGAGCAAAGAUAAUGCUGGAGGGUCAGAAAGUAAUACCUAAGAGAGUAUUAGAAUCUGGUUUCAAGUACGAAUAUUCCACUAUAAAAAGAGCUUGUGAUCAAUUUGGUACAUUAAAAUAUGAAACAGAACCUUAUUAAUAUAAAAUUUACUCUAGUCUUUUGUAAAUAAACUUUUUUUAAAAAAUAAAUUUUAUUUUGCGACUAUUCUU